UCACGUGACUUCACCUAGAUCAUGUGAUGGUACAAGAUGGCAGACAUAAUGAAAGUAGCGAUAUUUGUGUUAGUGUGCAGUAUUUGCAAAAUAAAUGCAUAUAUGCCGAAGUUUCACCGCGGUCGGCCGAAAGGUGGGAUGCUGGGAACACCCAAUGUAAAAUCAAACCAUGCGCUUCCUCCUGAUAUGUGGGUUACACAAAGAUUGGACCACUUCAAUGAUGCUGACACGACCACUUGGCAACAGAGAUAUUUUGUUAAUGACACAUUUUACAAGAAAGGCGGUCCAGUAUUUGUGAUGAUUGGAGGAGAAGGAACAGCAGAUCCGAUUUGGAUGGUUGAAGGUGCAUGGAUUGACUAUGCCCAAAAAUUUAAUGCUUUUUGCCUGCAACUGGAACACAGAUAUUAUGGGAAAAGUCACCCAACAAUUGAUAUGGGAACAGGGAACCUUAUAUUCUUAAACAGUGAACAGGCUUUGGCAGACUUGGCUUACUUCAUAACUUAUGCAAAACAAAAGUUUGGAUUAGAAAAAAAUAAACUAAUCACAUUUGGAGGCUCAUAUCCAGGUUCUCUGUCUGCCUGGUUUAGACUUAAGUACCCACACUUAGUAGACGGUGCUGUUGCCUCUAGUGCCCCGAUCAGGGCUGUACUCAACUUUUAUGAAUAUCUUGGUGUUGUGACAAAUUCCUUGGCAACCACUGGUCCAAAUUGUAAUAAAAAUGUGGCAGCAGCUACAGAGGAUCUUGGGAGUAAGCUACAGACAGACACAGGUCGUAAUACACUCAAGACUAUGUUUAGUAUGUGUGAUGACCUUGACCCCAGUAGCCCUGACUACCAGUUAGAUGUGGCUAACCUGAUCAGUAAUAUAGCGGGUAACUUUGAGGGUGUUGUCCAAUACAACAAAGACAACCGGGCCUUUGAGGGGGCCAUUGCUACCAACAUAACCGUAGACACACUGUGUGGAGUGAUGAAUGAUGAGUCUGUGGGAGCUCCUCUCGACAGGUACGCUAAGGUCAACAAGAUGAUCCUGGAUGCAUACUCAGAAAAAUGUCUGGAUUUUAAGUACAGAGCCAUGAUAGAAGAUUUACAGAAGACUGCCUGGAACAGCAGUGCUGGGGAGGGAGGUCGACAGUGGACAUAUCAAACAUGUACAGAAUUUGCUUUCUUCCAGUCCUCGGACUUGAGCAAUAAAACCCAACCCUUUGGAAGCUUUUUCCCUCUUAAUUUCUCAGUACAGCAAUGCAUUGAUAUCUUCGGAUCCAAGUUUAACCGUGACCUCAUCCAGGCUGGCAUUAACCGAACAAACACAAAUUAUGGAGGCGAAAAUCUCAAGGUCACCAAGGUUGCUUUUCCAAAUGGAUCAAUUGACCCCUGGCAUGCUCUCGGCAUCAUCGACAAUUCUGUGGCUGGAUCUACUGCCAUCUUCAUUGACGGAACAGCUCAUUGUGCUAAUAUGUACCCUUCCCUGGACUCGGACCCCGCUGAACUUACCAAGGCAAGACAGGUGAUCACUGGACUUAUCUCAUCUUGGAUCUCCUCAUAGCCACCAGGGGGCACUGUGAAAGGAUGAAAGUUGAAUGAUACUGCUUCUGAGAGAGCAUUACCAUUAAUGCAGUGUGAUAUACCUCUGUAUUUCAAUUUACCAUACAUAGAUAUUUAAUUUGCAUUUUUGCAGGAAAUUUGAAAGUAAAAGUGUAUCGAUCAAUACUAAUAAUCAUUGAUGAAAUAGAUGUACUGGCAUUAAAAACAAUAAAAGGAAGCUAUAUUAAUUGAACUCUAAAUGCAACUGAGUGUGAUAGAUUGAUAUUUGUAAAAUUUGAAAAAUAACGUUAACUGAUUUUAAAUCAUAUAAUGUGUCAUAGAUUUUUUGAAUUCUGUAUACCUGGUAUAUAUAUAUACUCCAUACAUUCUACAACCUUUGACAUUUUUUGUGUUGCAUGCAUGUUCACCUGGUUUUAAUGUUUGAACAAUCAUUUUCCUGACAAGUUUAUAAGGUAUGAAAAAUUAGGGAAAGAAUACAUUUAACAAUGCCUAUGUUACCAUUUAUAUGUACAUGAUGCAGAUUAGCAUUUUGGUUUUUUUCAAAACAAGUGUUUAUAUUACAUAUAUACAUAUGUGUUAGUUAGAAAUAGCCAUGUGAUGCAGGGUAAUCCAUUGUUAAAGCAUAGUUCUACAUAAACAAAAAUCAAAAAUCAUUUUGUUAAAUUUCAUUCAUUCACAUGGUUAGUACAGGUGAUGAAGGGUGCUGGAAUUUGGGGGUCGGGGUUGAAAAAGUGCUGCAAUUUGGGGGGCAGUAUUGAAAAAGUGCUGAAAUUUGCUCAAAAGUACUUAAAAAGUACUGGAAUUAUUCUUUUCAGAUUCCUUAAAAAUGAAAUAUUUCCCAUGAGAAAAAUAUAAGAAGUAAUGAAAUUACAUGUCUUUUAUUAGAUGAAAGCUAAACAAACAAAUUUCAUGUCCGAUUCUGGGCCACAAGUCAACAGUUAUUGGUAACAAUAAUGAGUUUUAAAAUGUUAAUGGCAGUGUACUUUUGUUAUUUCAAUCCCAUUGAAGAUGAAAAAUUACCUCAAUUCCCUACAGGUUAAGACAAAAAAAAUGUACCUGGAAAAUUGAGAAGUGUAGGAAAAGUACUUUAAUUUUGGUAUGAAAAUUUGUACAAACCAUGAAAUUCAGAAGUGUUGUCUAGUCAUUUCUAUAUAAAAAUGACUAAUAUCACUGUCUCCCUACUCACAUCUGCUUGGCUUAUUGUCAGUAUCAUGUGACCAUGUACCUUGUUACCAGAGCGUUUUCAGUGUGACUGUAAAGUGGUCCUAAUGUGGCCACUUCAUCUGUGGGUAUUACUUCAUAACCUUUGUUGUUCUGAUGACGAAAAUCCUGCUCACAUUUAUUUUCACUCUCACCAUCUUUAUAUUUAUCCAGCAAUAAUUCCAUCCAUACCUUUUGUUGAGCUGUACAUAUGAUGAAAAAUGCUGGAAUUCGGGGUCAGUGCUUGAGAAGUUCUGGUCUUUGAUAAUAUCCAGAUUCCAGAGUCUUGUUAUUUAAGCAAUUAUCUUGCACAAUACAAUUUUGUUAUUUUUAAAACAUUAAAGAUAAAAAUUACCCCAAUGCCCUAUAACUUUGUACAAAUCAUGCACCUGAAAAAAAUAGAAAAAAGCUGAAAAAUGCUUAAAUUUGUACAAACAUUGUCGAAAGAUAAACCCACCCUUACCCUCAGACCACCGCCCCCUAGGUUUGUAUGGAGAAAUUGUCUCAAGGUGCUGUGCCCCAUCUCUGUGACAGUGUUUAACUUGCAAUCUUUAACUUAUGCUUCUGCAUAAGGAAGUAUAACUGACGUUGGGUUUUUUUUGGUUACAUAAUGCUUUUUUAGAGAUAAAAAACAAGUCAUGAACAUCCAUGAAAAUAAGAUCUUAAAAAAUCAUGUUACAGUUGCUAAGAGUGCCAUAUUCAUAAUGAGAAAUCAUUAUUUUACCUGUGUCUUUCAUCAUCAUGGUCAUGUCAUUGUUCAUAUAUAUCAAAGAAAUCAAUUUGUAAAAUUAUUUUCAAAUAAAAUAAAUGUUAUUUUCUGUCA